GAAGGAAGGAGCAAUUUUCGCGGAACUUUAAAAAAAACUAGUCAAAGUCAUUGUGCAAAAGAGUUUUCAAGAAUUUUCAAAUUGUUUCUAAGGAGUCUGUGCAAUGGUUAAUGAUUCACAUCGCUUACACAGUCGUCAAGUGGUCGGCGGUUUCCUUGACGCAGAAGCGAAUGGUUUACUGGAGGAACAACAGCCACCUCCACAAAUGCCCGGUGUCGUGGACACGGAGAAGGAGCAAAAGGGUCAGGCCAUCAUGGAAGCUUUGCUGAACUUGUUUACCACCAAAGGGAAUGCGGUCGGCAGAGUCACUGGCGCAACAGCAAAUAGUUUUCAGGAGAAUCAACAGCCACCACCACAAAUGCCCGUUGUCGUGGACACAGAGAAGGAGCAAAAGGGUCAGGCCAUCAUGGACGCUUUGCUGACCAUGUUUACCACCAAAGUGAAUGAGGAGGAGAUCAAGAAGGACGACUCAUUGAGCCCCGAGCAAUUGCCCACACCCACAUCCCCACAUUGAUAUCCAAUAUGAGAAUAACCAAACAAAGCACUUGUAAAUAAAAAGUAAUUUCAAAUGACGCGCUUUUGUAGAAUCUUAUACCGAUAUCCCCCACAUUAAA